AUGUCGGGCCCAGGCUCCGGUCAGAUAGUAAUCGUGGGAAUUGGGUGCAAGGUUCCAGGUGCCGACAACACUGAGCAGUACUGGCGACUGUUGGAGAACGGGGAGAACCAUGUCAUCGAAAUACCGAAGGAGCGUUGGAACAACGAGGCUUUCUAUGAUCCUGACCCUCAUGCCGUGGGGAAGUCUUAUGUCCGUCGUGCUGGCUUGCUUAAAGACCCGCUCGCCUUUGACAACAAGUUGUUCAACAUCAACGACUUCGAGGCAGACCAGAUGGAUCCCCAGCAGAGACUGGUGCUUGAAUGCAGUUACAUGGCCAUGGAAGAUGCUGGCUUGACCAGAGACAAGCUGACCGGCUCCAAUACAGGGGUCUAUGUCGGUGCCAUGAACGGAGACUACAGAGGUCUCUUCACCGCAAAGUCGCCCAUUGUUGGCAACUAUACUGUCACCGGGAUCUCCAACAGUAUCAUUGCAGCACGAGUCUCCUUCACCUUUGACCUCAGAGGACCAUCCAUGACUGUCGAUACAGCAUGCUCGUCCGCUCUUCUGGCCAUACAUCUUGGAGCUCAGGCUCUUCGUGCAGGCGACUGCGAUUUGGCUCUGUGUGGCGGUACCAACUUUCUGAUGUCACCCGAUGUGUUUGUCCAUCUUAGUAAAGCCCACAUGGUAUCACCGACUGGGCAAUGCUUCGCUUUCUCAGACAGUGCUGAUGGGUACACUCGUGGAGAAGGCUGCGGGAUGGUGUUUCUUAAACGGCUGGAAGAUGCACUCCGAGACGGAGACAAAAUCUGGGCCACCGUGGAAACUGGCUCCAACCAGGAUGGUCACUCAGUGACCCCUAUCUCUGCUCCAUCUGGUGACCAACAGAUCAAACUACUGGAACAUGUGUACAGAAAUGCCAGUAUCCGGAUGCUGGACGGAAUCGAGUACAUCGAGGCUCAUGGUAAGUGCAGCCUUUCAGACGUAUUGGUGUAUAUAUACUUGAUAUACGUUUAUAACAUGCAUGGUGCCUUUACCUUUUGCGACACUUCCAUCUCUUCAACAGGAACUGGAACUGCUGCCGGUGACCCAGUUGAAGCCAACGCCCUAGGGAAAUUUUUCCAAGAUAAAGGAUCAAUUCGUCAUCGAUACAUCGGCUCCGUGAAGACUAACCUUGGCCAUCUUGAAUCGGCCGCAGGGACAGCUGGUCUCAUCAAGGUUCUUCUUAUGAUGAAACAUUCAAAGAUUGUACCAACUCUGUUCUUUGAAAGAUGCAACCCGAAGAUCGACUUUCCUUCGAUGAACCUGACUGUGCCUACAAAAGUGAUUGACUGGCCAACGCACACCAAAGCUGCCUGUGUGAACUCAUUUGGUUUUGGGGGAACCAACUGUCACGCUUUUGUGAAGAUGUACGGGGAGUCCUUGCUGCGACAGUCAAGUCAGGUGGAAAGCUUGAAUGUGCCUUGCAUUGUUUGCUUCUCUGCCAAACACGAGAAGUCUCUAAAGGGCAGCAUUGAAGAUUUUGUAAACCAUCCUGAAAUUACGUCUUUUGAUGUUCAUGACGUGUCUUUUACGUCAACGGCACGCCGGGAUCACUAUAAUCUUCGUUACGCCACAGUUGUAGAAGACAUGGGUGAUUUGUUGACACGGCUCAAUGAUUUUCUUCACAAGGGAGGAAAAGGUACAAACGUGACCAAAAGAGCUCGGGUUGUCUUCGCAUUUGGUGGGAUGGGAACUUCGUGGCGAGGCAUGUGUAAAGAAUUGAUUGCUGUGAGCAAUGUCUUUCGGGGUGCCAUCCAAGAAAUAGACCAACACCUGUCGGAAUACGUUCCGUGGACGCUCAUCAGUCGUUUUGAAAAGGAAGCCGAAGUUGAAGACCCUGAGUAUUCACCUAUCGCUAUAUUCGCAUCUCAGAUAGGGCUAGCGAAGUUGUGGAUGAGUUUUGGAGUUCAACCAGCUUGUGUCGUGGGUCAAUCCGUUGGCGAGGUGGCUGCUGCUCACAUUGCGGGGAUUCUGAACAUGCGAGAUGCAGUCAAGGUCAUCUUCUACCGGACAACUCUCAUGGCACAGGUAGUGGGCGGAAAGAUGAUUGUUGUGAGAAACAUGCAAGUGGCAACGGUUAGAGAAAUCGUUAAGGCCUACUCUGGUUUGGCAAACAUAUCCCUUGAGUACAGCCCGAUUGCCUGUGCUGUGAGUGGCAACUCUGAGACUAUUACCAGAAUCAAGCAAGAUUUGCAGGCUAAAUCUAGAAAUCUCAAUAUUCAGAUUCAGUUGCUCGAUCUCAAUGUCCCAGUGGCAUACCAUUGCCAUCACGUCGACGGCUGCAAAGCUGGACUCAAACAGGCUGUCGCUGACAUAACCCCACAGCCUCCUCUUGUAGACAUGAUCUCAUCCGUGACAACUGAACCCGUCACUGAAUUACUCGGUCCCGAUUACUGGGUAAACAACAUGAGAGAGCCAGUGCGCUUCUACGAGGCCGUCCAGAAGACAUUCACCAGGGGAUACAAGAAUGUAUACAUUGAGAUCGGACCCCGGCCCGUCCUGCGAGCACACAUUAAUGACAUAUUUCCACACGAUGAAGUCAUGCCUGUCGUUUCCAUGUCAAAAACCCCUGAAUGGAAAAUAUUCCUUCAAGCUUUGGUCUCCGCCUACGAACUCGGGGUGAAAAUAGACUGGGAUAACAUACCACACAAAGGCAGGAUAAUCACGCCAGUGCCUCGGUACAGCUUCAACCCAAGGAGAAACCUACAGCUGUGCGAGUCCGCGCUAAUGGUUCUGGCUGGUGUACAGUACAUGAGAAAAGAGCAUCCGUAUGUCAAUCAAGUGGAUAACACAGACAACUUCAAGAUUAUGGUGACCAUUAUGACCUUCCCUUCGGUGUUUGACCAUAUCGUUUCAGGAAUGCUCAUCGUUCCUGGCGCCUUCUACGCCGAAUCUGGCUUUGGGUUAAUCACCCAGUCUGUUGACAUGAAAGCCCCUCAGUAUGCGGUGUCUGUCGUUUUUGAGCAACCCUGCUCCUUUGCACGAGACAGUGCUCUUGAACUGGACAUGGACAUUACAAAAUGCCCGCCGUCGGGUUCAGGGGUCAAGAAAUAUGAUAGCUACAAGGUGGCGAUUGUUAAGGGAAACAAGACGUAUGCAAACAUACAUCUACAGGCGUGUAACAUGAGAGGUCGACCUUCGUCUAUCAACAUUCGACACAUACAAGGACGGUGCCCACAGAUUGUGGAAAGAGAUGAGAUUUACGGGAUGCUGAAAACUUUUGGGUUUACCUACGGUCCCGCUUACUCACUCUUGAUGUACGCACAGAGGAACUCUCAAGAAUGCUUGGCAAAGAUUUUUGUGCCAAAUGCUAUGUUCUUCGAACUCAAUGGGACAACCAUCCACCCGUCAAUUCUUGACGGCAUGAUUCAAACCUCUAUCCUCUUAAUGGAUGGGGUAGAUGAUGCUAGAGACCUUCUCCCACGCUCCAUUGGACGGCUGGUCUCUCACAGGCCUAUUGAGGAUGAAAUGUACAUCUACACAACUUUGAAGAGCACUGACAGAAAACUCACACUCUACGACAUCAAGUUGACAACUCUUUGUGGAGACACCAUCGCUGAUCUGGAGGACCUGGCGAUUAAGUCACUCACUGACAAAUCAGGUGGCAUUGAAAACGUAUAUAAAUGUGUUUGGAGGCCCAUUCUCGACACAGGUUACCCAAAACUGGAAUCAAAGGCGCCAAACGUGCUGUUCAUCACUGACCAUAUACCAGAAGACAACUUUGAGUUCAUGGUUGUGACCACUAACACUGUCAUCGAUGAGUCAGAGGAUGCAUUUAGCGUUCAGACAAAAGCUUUCAACUUAUGCAUGAUGCUGAAAAGUCUCUACGUGUACGCAAAUACCAAAAAUCUUAACAUGCCAAUCUAUUUCUUCACGAAACGAGCAUAUCCUCUAGAAAACUCGCCAACAGAAACUGCAAACGUCAACCCGCUUAUGACCACAUUGUGGGGGAUGACAAGAUGCGCUUUGAAGGAACAAAUCUACACGGAUUUUGUUUCAUUUGAUCUUCAUCUUGCAGAGACAGCUUGCACGCUGACGUUUAUGGCAUCUUUGGCUGAGAUGGUCUUCAAGGACCAGAAUUUGAAAAACUAUCCCGAAUGGAUGGUAACAGAGGACAAACUCUACGUCAACCUCAUUGUUCAAGUCGAUUCUGAGACUUCGGUACCAACUUUUAGACACAACUUUGCUGACAAGUCCCAGAACGUAAUCCUGCUUAGCAAAGAACCGGCGGUGUUAACCGACACCUUCCCAGUCUACCAUGAAUGGCAAACAAAGGACGACGCUCAAACUCAUGUUAAAAUUGAUGUUUCGGCAACUGCCUUCCAGAACCCUCUGCUGUUCAACAUGACAAUGCUGUACAGCACAAUGGAGAAACGGAUAACUCUGAAAGGAAACGGAUACCCGAUGUUUGCCCUGGAAAACAUUGGUCUGGUGGAGGGUGACAACGGCAACAAAAAGCAAAAGAAGUAUAACAUACCCUCGAUCUCAUGCUACCCUACACCAAUUGGGUCUAAGAUCAAGGUGCCUCUGGACGCUACGAUUACGGCUGACAUGAUUCCUGACUACGUGCCGGGAGACCUCACUCGGUUGAUAGCUUUAUGGCACCUCCAUACUCUUGUUACCAGCCAAAAUGCAACAAUCCUAGCCUCUUCUGCUACAGCCAAGCUUGGUGAAGUCCUGAUUUGUUUACUUAUGAGCAGAUCCAAACCCAAACACCUCAAUGUCAACCUGGUGGUUGUAGAACAGUUGAACAACGCGGAAACACUGCAUGAGACAAUUGUUUCUUUAGUACUGAUCGAAGAAACGGUAAUUCCUGUACUCGCAAAACGAUGGCUGAAACCAGAGUAUUUCAUUUCAUUGACCAGUCUUCUGGAACCUUCUGCGAGAACACACAUCUCCUAUUUCAUGCCAAACGUUGAAAUCAAUCUUGUGGACACCGCUGUGGCUUUUCACCCACGCACUAUCACGCAGGUGGUCCAGAAGGUUAAGAAAUGGAUGGUACGACACUCAUCACUGAUGUCCAGAGUCGCAGCAUGUCUUCAUAAGACUCCGAUAGCUACCGGGGUGUUCAAAGACGUGGCGGCUGAUCUUGACGAACUUCUUGAGAUGCAGAUCAUCAACACCAACACAUCGAAGGUCCGCGUGGAGAGAACAGAGUUGUUCCGGAAGGAUGCUGUCUACAUUGUUGUUGGUGGGCAGACCGGACUUGGGUGGCUCUACGUCAAAUUUUUAGUCAAACAUGGAGCAGGGGGCAUUGCUAUUGUAAACAGAAGACAAGCCACAACAGAUAAACAAAAUGAGAUAACGCAACUGUCAGCAGCUGAAUCUUGUGUCAUAAAGACUUUCCAAGCAGAUGUUACUCAUAUGGAGUCGCUGAAGAACUUCAUGGUUCAGAUGGAGGAUGCGUUUCCCGAUUCUGUUCUGAAGGGCGUUUUCUUUGGAGCAGCAGUUGUUGACGAUCAACUGUUGAGUCAGGUAGAUCCAAAAGCCUUCAUGAAAGUCAUGUCACCAAAAGUGAUGGGAGCGUGGAAUUUGCAUCAACUGACAAAGAACUUGCCUCUUGACUAUUUUGUUCUUCACUCAUCUGUGACUUCAGUGUUUGGCAAUGCUGGACAGUCAAAUUACGGAGCAGGGAAUGCAUUCAUGGAUGGCUUGGCGCACUAUCGAAGGCACAUGAAUUUGGCAGCACAAAGUAUUAACUGGGGAGCUCUGGAUCUUGGAAUGCUCAGCGACCAUAACGAAUCAAAGAAGAUUCUGGAAGGUCAAGGUUUUGUCCUCAUGACUGAAGAAGACAUAUGUGGGUUUAUUAUCCCGAUACUGCUGUUGGAUUGGGGUCAGAUUAUGCCCUGCACAUUUGACAAGGAGAUUUUGAUGAAGCGAUUGAAGAGAGACAUGUUGAUUCCUUUUCAGUAUCGUCUUAAAGCUAUGCUUGACUCCACCAUUGAAGAAGUGAAGAUUGAGGAGGAUAUACUUCUGGCUCUGCACGGCGUGCGUGAUCAGCCACUGGAUCAAAGGAUAACCAUUUAUGAGCGGUACGUCAUUGCUUUAGCGAGUCAGGUGCUAAGCGUCGAAGACAUCAAGUCAGACUCUGGUCUGGUAGACUUUGGUAUGGAUUCGAUCGUGGCGAUGACAAUGAUUAAUCAGAUUUAUAAAGAAAUUCACUGCAGAUUACCAGCAAUCGUUUUCAUCACCGGAGAACCAACCGCUAGAAUUAUAGCUCAGGCCAUUGAAGACGUUUUGUCUGGCAAACUUGCAGAAGGAUCUGAGUUUGGCAUCGAUUCUGAACAACUGGCUAUUGAAGCAGCACCAGGUGAAACCAAAGCUGAAACACCAGACAAUAAACUAGUCGAGCCAUCUUCAACCAGGCGUGUUAGUUUCGUUGCUUCUACUAUUGAAUCAAGUCAGCUGGUUAUCUACAAAAGGCAUCCACGAAAACAAAGUCUACAUGGCGUUGUCGACAUUGACAUCCCUGUUGACCAAAAAGAGCCUGAGAUGGUUCGUAAAGCCAUUCUGGCCACACUGGAAGUACAUCCAAUAACAUGCACAGUUUUCAAAGAAGACACAUCAAAACGUAACAGUGCACUUAAUUUUGAAAAGCAGAUAUUGCCGCCAGAAAAAGCCCUUGACUUUAGAGUCGCAGGAAAAGAUGGCAAAGACGUUCAGGUGUUUUCAGAAGAAGCUUUUGAUGUCAAAGAAAAAGGACCACUGAGAUUUAUUCUGCAACAAGGUUCCAAAACGAAUCUGAGAAUAAUAUUCCACAAAGCUGGCUUUGAUGUGCGGUCAAUCUACCAGUUCAUACAAGAUCUAGUUGCUGCCUUUGAUCCUACCGUGAAAAAAACAGUGCCAGAAAAAGACCGUGUGAACAGAUCACCAAAGCCUUCGGAAGAUUUUAAUUUGGAGUUGGAAAAGAUCUACAAAUCAAAAUCUGAAACAUUCGCACAAUUCUGGGCUAAGACAUUGAGUCACGAUAUUGCCAACACGUCUCUGCAGCAGCAGCAAAAUAGAGGUCAGUUUAUGCUCAGUUCGAUGAUUGCCACAAACGGAAGCCUUAGAACCGUGUUGUCCCCAGACCUGACGCAGAAGAUCAUUAAAUUCAUCCGCAGUCACAACGUCUCACUACUGGGUCUUGUUGCUGGAGCUUAUCAGACUCUCAUUCACAUCUUAACGGGAAAACCCGCCGUCAGUCUGAUGUUCCCGCUUGACUUACGACGUUACGUUAAAGACACUGAUAGCGACAUUGCCAACUACAGCAAUGAAAUUCCUCUCUUGGCGCAGUUUGACUUAACUAAGAAAAUAACAAUUCAGGAAUUUAUCGUACAGAACAAUAAACGCAUCCAACAACACAUAGACCACGGGAUUCUGCCGUUCACUUUCUUCCAGGGACUGGCUGAAAGAACAAUGGAGUUGUUCAACCAAAGUCCUCAUGGUAUUAGCAUUGAAAUGCUAUCAGCCCGAGAUGCCGCCGCUGUAAAUGGCAAAUUGAACAGAAGCAUCAGAUCGCCUCCUGCAAUUCUACCUCUGGGUCUGGAAACGAAUCUGUUCAUUCAGCAUAAUUUGUUGAGCAACGUCGUGGUGCUUAACCUUGGCUACAAGGAAUGUGUCAUUAACGGGAUGAGGGCAGAAGUGCUCAUGAAGAAUCUGGUGAGUCUGCUAACGGGGAUCAUGACGAACCCGGACUUGCAGCUCAAACAGAUCAAGAAGCACACGCGAGGGCUGAAUAAAUCUUUCUGUGCAGUUCAAUAG